AUGUUAAUAAAAGGCGUGUUUGUAACAAACGAAGGUGUCUGGAAAGCCAUUGUUUGUUCUCUCACCAUUUGGCUUAGCGGCGGUAUUUGUGAGAUAACUAGCACGCCGCUGACGUUGCACUUUUGUGCCAUUGCAACGGCAGAGGAUGUUUGUCCUUCGUCGGUCGGCCUCCAUAAUGCAUUUGUUGGAGCAGUAGCCGUCAUUGAGCUGCCUUGUUGUGAUGUUUCACCGGUAACUGGUGUGAGAAUUGGGGCGAUAAUUGGUUCCAACGCCUGA